UAAGUUCAGUCACCAGAAUAUAGUGCAGUGCAUUGGGGUGAGCCUACAGACGUUGCCUCGUUUUAUCCUUUUGGAAUUGAUGACCGGCGGAGACAUGAAGAGCUUCCUACGGCAGAAUCGGCCUCGGGAGAAUCAACCAUCCGCUUUGACGAUGCUGGAUUUGCUAAAUAUUGCCAGGGACAUUGCUUGUGGUUGCAAAUAUCUUGAGGAGAACCAUUUCAUUCACCGGGACAUAGCUGCAAGGAAUUGCCUUCUGACUUGUUCUGGUUCUGGGCGAGUAGCCAAAAUCGGUGACUUUGGAAUGGCCCGAGAUAUCUAUAGAGCAAGCUAUUAUCGGAAAGGUGGGAGAGCCAUGCUUCCGGUCAAGUGGAUGCCUCCAGAAGCUUUCCUGGAAGGCAUCUUCACUUCCAAGACAGACACCUGGUCCUUUGGAGUGCUGCUUUGGGAGAUUUUCUCCUUGGGCUAUAUGCCUUAUCCUUGCAAAACCAACCAGGAAGUAUUAGAGUUUGUUACCAGUGGAGGAAGAAUGGACCCUCCCAAGAACUGCCCUGGACCUGUCUAUCGAAUCAUGACACAAUGCUGGCAGCACAGUCCUGAAUACCGUCCAAAUUUCUCUACAAUCCUGGAAAGGAUCAAGUACUGCACACAAGACCCUGACGUGAUCCAUACUGAAUUGCCCAUUGAAUGCAGCCCCAUACCAGAGGAUGAAGGAAGCACUGUGCUACAUCCAAAUAGCAACACAGGGAUAGUUCCUUUGCUUGGGAAUCAGUGCCCUCAGAUAAGCCACCAAGCAAUUGAAGAACAUGAUUCUGGGAACAAAUAUGGACAAUGUCCCCAAGAGCUAUUAGUGGAGAACCUUAGUAACUGGAGAGCAAGAAGACCCAGUUUGCCACGUUUCAAUUAUUCCAGCAGUGGGGCUUGGGCUCAACCAGUCUUAAACCAGAAACUGGAUUCCACAAGUCAGCCAGCACAUAAGUUGAAGAACAAAACCAAAAACCUUUGGAACCCAACAUAUGGAUCCUGGGUGAUGGAGAAUAAUUGCCAAUCCAGUCCCAGCUCUAAACUCAACACAAUGCAAGAGCGAGAAGAUUCUGGAUUUGAUGGGACUUAUAGCCCCUCCCCUACUUCUCGGGCAUCCCCUUCAUCUCCAAGUCAGAACCAUUCUCCUCACAUUGAUAUUGGCGGGAUUGAACUGGUGAAGCUGCAGAAUUUCCCUUGCGGCAAUGUGAAUUAUGCUUAUGACGACCUCUGCUAUGAAAUAGGUCACCCUUCACCUUUGGCUGUAGAGCCAGCCACGGUCAUUAGGAGUGGAAGUCUGCACAGGGAUAGCAAGUUUGUUUUCAAGACAGAGAAAACCUCAAGGGAGAGAGAUUCUGGUCUCUCCUUGUCUGAUGAUCUGAAUGUUACUCCUAUGUAACAGGGGAUGCCGAAGAAUCAUAUCUUCAACUUUGGGUACGGCUGCAAGAGCAAUUAAAAUGUCCUCCAUCCCUAUUCUUAAAUUGGGCGGAUUAAUAUCACUCUCUGGCCUCCUUUCCUAUGAAUGCCCAAUGAAGCAGUUCAAAAUGUAACAUUGGUUCCAAUCUAUUAAAUUCAUGGUCACAGAAAGAAAUGAUGUCCUUGUUACAUUGGUUCAGGCUUUAGUUGGAAUUGGUCAUACCCAAUCACCUCUAAUAAAAAUUAUCUAUAUCAUAAAACAGAAUAUGUAAGAAAUGGCAAAAACCAAUCAUUACCGGUUUAGACCAGUGGUCUGUAAAUUAUUGUACUUUCCACCUGAUUUAUCAUAAUGCUGUAUGGGAAAUUAAAUAUACUUAGUUUACUUAAGGCACUAUUGCCCAAAGUGAAUGGGAACAAGGAAAGUAGAUUAAAAAAAGGACAGAAAUUAUCUGUUUUCUGCAGAAAAAGCACAGAAAACAAAUAAAAGAUUGCAAAGGAGCAAGCAGAACAGAGGCCUUCCUUUUCAUUACUGAAAAUGGUUUUGCCCCACAAAGUCCAAAUUAGGUCUCUGUAGUCAGAAUUAUUCCUCAUUAGUUAUAGCUCAGUGGGCUAAAUGCUUUUAAUGGACCUCACAAGGCAGCCCUAAUGUACAAGCAGUCUGUGUUCAAUAGAAUCCAGACCAAGGGUCACCAACCUUCUUGAAAAUUAAGGAGUUAUGGUUCAUGUUCCCUAUUAGCAAGUUCAGAACAGGAUUGGGGGACAGAAAAGGAUAUUUAGAAGCAGCAUGAAUUUAUUAGGCAAUGUAACUCUUUAAAUCAUAAAUCUUCAUAGAAAAUUCCAUUUUAGCCCUAGUCAUUUCAAGGAUGCAUUUCUGUUUUACACAAGGUAACUUUUGAGCGUGUUUCACUGCAGGGAAUCAAUACAGACUUUAGAGCUGUCAAAGGAUUCAGAGGACUGUGUACAGUAUGUUCAUGGAACUGAUGUAUAAACUGGAUAGAUGCUCAAGAGACAUGUUCAAGGCUAUAUAUGCUACUUUUUAGAAUCAGUCUUGCUGUAUUUAUUUUAUUUUACAGUUCUCCAGCUGAAAGGUAAAGUCUUCAGAAGAUGUUCAGUAUUGUUCUGUUGUUAUCAGUUCUUGAGCUUAGCUAAGCUUUUCUCUUGGCCUUGGUUUAGGGACCAUGGUCGAGAUAAGAGAUUUCCUGACAUUUCGAUGGCAACUAUGGCUGGGAUUUUCAGAGGGUACACAGACUACCUUGUCUGUGAAGAUACCAGCCACAAGCCCAAGUGAAACGUCAUGAAAUUUAUUGUCAAGACGACCAGCGUUACUAAACCUUGAAACCCAACACUGCUCAACAGAUACUGGCUGUAAAAGCUUACACCAGUAUAUUCUUGUCUUAGAGUUUGGUGUAAUGUGCAAAUAAUAGGUAUAUAUGUUAUGUUUGUAUGUCAUUUUAAUCACAAUAUAAUUAUCUGCCUUAUUGGCAGUAAUGGACUUCUUUCCACAAACUCCGCAAAACUUUGGAAUCAUGAAGUAAAGCCUAAGUAAUUCAUUAGUUUGGUGCAGCAAGAGCAGAAAGUUUUCUUGAAGACCACUGUUAAAACUUUAUUUAGCAAAAUUAAUGAUUAAGAAACAUUUCCCAAAGAUCUUUAAUACCGUUUUAGAAAAAUAAAGUCCUUAUUGUUAGUGCACAGUGCUUUUAUUUUGUAUCUCUAUAAUCUAUGUGGCUAUACAAUUUCUCACUGGAUCCCAAGAUCCUGGUUGCACUUCUUACCUUUCCACGACUUAUUAUGGCUUGCUGUGCUAUCUUCAUAGUUUACUUUGAUCCAGGCAUAAUUUGAUUUACCAUCCUGUUCUGACAUUCUUUUUUUGUAGUAGCCUAGAGAAGAUGGAUGCUAAUGGAUAAAAUACUCUCCCAAAAUUGUAAUUUCUCCGCAGACUCAGUGUCAAUUCCAGAUUCAGGUCUGUUGAGGCAUCUGUAUAAUUGAAGGGUAGAAUCUGGGUCGGUCACCGGGACCAGAGGUUUAGUGUUACGAGGUUUCGGACUCAUGCUGGAGCCCAUCCUCAGAGAACUACUCUCUCAUCAGAAUGUGUCCCACGUUGUGGUGAGAAAGAAGUUCUCUGAGG